CGUGGAGCUGCUGCGCUUGCUCGGUUUAAGGCUUAUGAGGGGAUUCCACCCCCAUAUAAUAAGAUGAAGAGGAUGGUCAUUCCUGAUGCUCUCAAUUUUGAGGCUUCAGGCUGGACAUAAGUAUUGUUUGUUGGGCAAGCUUUCAUCUGAGGUUGGAUGGAACCACUAUGACACUAUUAAGGAACUUGAGAGGAAGAGAAAGGAGAGAGCUCAGGUUGCAUAUGAGAGGAAGAAGCAGUUGACAAAAUUGAGGGUUAAAGCUGAGAAGACUGCUGAGGAGAAGCUUGGCCCCCAGCUUGAAGUUAUUGCACCUAUCAAGUAUUAAGCAUUGAAACACGCGGCUAUUUAUAUUGAAAAAACUGAGUUGCAGUUAAAUUUCUUUAGCAUUUCGUUACAAUGUUUCUGUCUGUUUGUGCAGGGUACAUCUGCCUUGCUGCAAUAAGUAGAAGAUGUCGUGUUAUAAAA